AUGGAGGACGGUCAACCCUCCAAGAGACGGCGACGCAGUCGCAAAGUCCUCUCCGAUCGGAAGUUCGAAUGUACCUUCGAAGGCUGUGGAAAGAGUUACUCGCGCGCCGAACACCUCAGUCGCCAUGCGCUGAAUCACACCCCGAAACAGAUUUAUCGUUGCGAUUUCCCAAACUGCUACCGAUCCUUCGUGCGCCAGGACCUUUGCGCCCGUCACCGCGAAAGGCACUCCACCAGCGGCUCCCAGCUUCAGAAACGCGACCAGUUCGAAAAUGAUUCCAAGACCUCCCCCUCUUCGUCGCCCGCGAUCACCCUGCCGGAAUACUUCGUGGGCUCCGAGGAGCCUAAAUCAGUCUCCACGUACCCUCUCACUACUGGCGUGGAGAGCGAAAUGCCAGUCCCGCAGUACUCAGAUUUCCCUGCCGUCCUCGACCAGCCUGAUAAUUUGAUUGAUCUCGACUCCAUGUCUUACCCAAUAUUCGGCGGGGAGACAUAUAAUCGAUCACCGUUUGCCAUGGCCGAUGAUUUUGCGGCCUGGCUGUUCAAACCAGUUCUAUAUGAACGAGCCCCCUAUAGCAAUGACAACUUUUGUGCUGUCAUACCACAGCACCCGAUGAGCGUGACGAGUAUUCUUGACUCGGGAGCACCGCCGGCUAUCAUUUCAGAGGAAAAGCGCCAAGAGCUCCUCGUAUUGAUGUCGAGCCGCUUCAACGAGGCUGCAUAUGCAGCAGGCGCAAAAAGAAAAGAUACCCUCCUGGAUGGAGAUUUGACUGACGACCGACAUGUUCUUAGCCUGCGUAUGAUGCAGACGUAUAUUGGUUCUUAUUGGUACCAUUUUCAUGCACAACUGCCGAUCCUGCACCAGCCUACUUUCGUUGCCGAUCGAACCCCAAAUCUAUUAUUGCUGGCUAUCAUUGCCAUCGGCGCUGUCACCUUGGAUAAAAUCCAUGGCCACGCGGCUACAGAAGCAGCGGCGGAAUUGGCCAGUUUUAUUGCGUGGCAUUUGCGCUGGGAGAUCUUCAUGGAUGCGGAUUUCCGACCCCCGGCCCGACUCUGGGUCUUCCAGUCCUUACUUUUACUGGAAGUCUACGAGAAGCUCUUCUCUACGCGUGCUCUGCACGAGCGUGCACACAUCCACCACGAUACCACCUUAACACUCAUGCGUCGAGGCAGCUCCCUUAUCGGUAGCUCAUCAUUCGAUACACCCGAAAGUAAAGAAGAAGACGAAUCAUGGUCAACAUGGAUCAAAGCAGAGGCUACUCGUCGAGUAGCGUUUGCCGCCUUCGUACUGGACUCCACCCAUGCGACAAUGUUUGGUCACUCUGCAAAAAUGGUUGCCCACGAACUACGCCUCCCUCUGCCCUGCGACGAGGCUCUGUGGGCAGCUACCAGCGCCGCAGAAGUCGCCCGAGUUCAGUCCAGCCUGCAGUCCCAUGGUGUCCGACCUAUCAUGUUUUUAGACGGCCUUAAACGCACACUCAACGGCCAACCUGUCCGAACGAAUGCGUUUGGUCGAAUCAUUCUCAUGUCCGGUCUCCUCAGCGUCUGUUGGCAUCUUAACCAACGUGACCUGCAAAUCACCUCUCUAGGCGUUGGCCAAACACUCGGUGGAAGAGACAAGUGGCGUACCUCUCUCCUCCGCGCGUUCGACAACUGGCGUCGAGACUUCGACGAAGCACUUGGUCCGUCAACCUCUGAGUCGCGCAAUGUUCUUCACGGCCUCGCCCAUAUGGGGUCUCAUGUUGAUAUUGUCGAUCUUCAGGUCUAUGCAGGCGCAGGUCGACUCAUGGGUCGCUCUAUUACGGCCCGCGAUCAUCGCGCAGCACGAGAAAAGACCGAACGCUGGGCCACCAAAGCCUCCGCCCGCGACGCAACCUUCUAUGCUCUGAAGUUCCUCUCCGUUUGUUUCUUAGAUCCUACCACGCAGCCCGGUGAAUAUGCCGCUCGUGACGAUUACCUCCUCAAUAGACCCUGGGUGAUGUAUUUUGCUGCAUUGGUUGUCUGGACAUAUGGAUUUGCGUUGGAUGGUCCGCUUCGACCUCCACCCAUAUUGGCGACAGUCGCCGAUCGCGAACACGACAUGCAAACUUUCCUCCACCGCGUAGGCGAGAUUCAGGAGCCGAAUGAAUUAGAGGCUAUGACGGGUCGCAAUGGGUGUCUUGGCCUAUUGAUGAUCUUGCGAGACUCGUUUGCCAAACCGCGCUGGGAGCUACUGGGCGAGGCAGCGCGGCUGCUGGACAGCUGUAUCACAAAGCUGCAGUCAUGA